AUAGCACUGCUUAUAAAACCUUCUCUUUUUUUCCUUCUCUAUACACUGACGUCCUCACGAUUUUGCGUGUCCAAUCAGUUGAUCGCGAGCCGAAUCGGCGUUUCGGUCCGGCAUUGGCCGGAGAACAGUUUUAAAUAAUGUUCCAAUCUGUGGAGGCUGUAGCAGCGUCGCGACUCGAAAUACCUCCUCAGUCGAGGUCGUCGACUGCGUGAUAUUUCGGCAGUACCUGCUUUUUUUCACGGCUACGAAGCGGAAGAUGCCUGUGGCUGUCUCAAUUUAAAUCAGCAAAAUGCUUCUGUUGACAAUUUUGGUGGGAUGUAUUCUUCCAGCUCUUGGUGGAUACAUUCCACCAGGGCCGCGGUAUUCUUGCCCAAAGAAAAGCGCUUACAUACAUCCUUGCACGUGUGUACGUGCAGAUGACCAAGGUCUCUACAUUGAAUGCGAAAACUCGAAUUUAGCCACUCUGAGUGUAGCCUUUAUCAACCUUGGCAACGAAGGCAUACCGAUCGAAGAAUUGAGACUUAUUAAGUGUAACAUAGCACGUUUUUAUGGACCAGCAUUGUAUCCUUUAAAUGUGAGGAUCUUGAAGUUUUUGGACACUCCGUUGAGGCACAUUGAAGAUCACAGUUUUCUCGGGGUAAAUAGAACUUUGCAAGAACUUCAUAUGACAGGAACCAUGCUUGAGAAAUUUCCCAAGGAAGCUAUGAAAAUUUUGGGAAAUCUCACCGUGCUCAACAUAAGAGGACACAAGGUAGAGGAAUUGCCCUCCGAUAUUUUUAUCGACAGCUAUGCUGUGUGGAAAUUAGAAAGAUUAGAAUUUAGUAAUGGUAGUCUUAACUCUUUGCCGGUUGAUUCUUUUACCCCUUUGAAAAAACUCAAAAAUCUCGAUUUGCAUGGAAAUCAUAUAAAAGAUCUGAAGAAAAACCAGUUCAAAGGCUUGCGUGACGUUGAAGCUUUGGACUUAUCAUACAAUCUAAUCGACAAAAUCGAUCAAUCUCAUCUUAGCGAUCUUUCAAAGAUGGGAUUUCUCAAUUUAUCAAAUAAUGCCAUUUCCGAUCUAAAGAGAGGCACAUUCUCAAGAAAUUCAUUGUUAAAAGUCUUGAAUCUGAACAGCAACAAGAUUAAGAAACUAGAUUCGAACACUUUCCGAGGAUUACGACUGAUGAGGCGCCUUUACUUGCGAGAUAAUCGAAUAGCAGAUGUGGGGCGAGGAACUUUUAGUACCAUGACGAGAAUCGGAACAAUAGAUUUAGCUAAAAAUAUGAUUAAAAAAGUAGAUUACAAUAUGUUUUAUCAACUGAAUUAUGCAGAGAUAAUAGAUGUAUCUGAAAAUCAAGUGACAGUCGUUGAAAAAUUAGCCUUUAAAGAUUUGUUUUCGGCAUCAGUAAAUUUAUCGCACAAUGCAAUAAGUAAUAUUGAAAGUGGUGCUUUCGAAAACUGUGUAAAUAUAUUAACUUUAGACUUAAGUCACAAUAAAUUAGAAAAUAUAUCAAAAACAGCGUUCGAUACAGCGACUUACGCAAGUACCUUACAACUUAGCUAUAAUUAUCUGACUUCGUUGAUUCAAGUACCCUUGCACAACAUGACCGGUUUGAAAGUAUUGAACGUAUCACACAAUCAUCUUCGUUCGGUACCCAAAGGAACCUUUCCAAAACUCUACGAGCUUCACACAAUCGACUUAUCGUACAAUAACAUAUCCGACAUUUAUAAUACAAUUUUUAUAUCGUUAUUCAGUUUGAGGACAUUGAAUUUGUCUCACAACGCUAUGGAAAGAAUCAAGUCUUCGACUUUUGGAGAUUUACCAACUUUGUUGGAUUUAGAUUUAAGUUACAAUCGUUUGACCGAUGUUUCUUCGGGAGGCUUCGCUAAAUUAGCGAGUUGCAGGGUACUUUCUGUGAAGCAUAAUCAAUUGACGAAAAUAUUCCAAAUACCGAUAUCAGUUGGACACAUCGAUUUUUCUGAAAAUUUGUUAGAAGAAAUACCGACCACAGAGGUUUGGCCAUCGAUGAAUUCUUUACUUCACCUAGAUUUGUCAAAUAAUAGAUUGGGUGACCGUCUCCAACAUGGGAGUUUUCAAAGUUUACUUACUCUCAGAACGUUGAAUUUGCAAUCAAAUGGUAUCAGUAAACCACCUUGGGAGGCCCUAAGUACCUUGACGAGUCUCCAAUACGUUUAUUUGCAGUACAAUAAUAUUACGCAAUUGAAUAAAGCAGCUUUCGGCAAAUUACCAAUUGUAUUCGAGCUUAAUCUUGCCUACAAUCAAAUUCAAAAUGUCAGUGAGCGCGCUUUCGAAGGGCUUCUUCAGCUUAUAACCCUGAAUCUUACCAGUAACGAUAUUCAACACAUUCCGAAUGGAGCAUUCAGAGGACUUGUAUCUCUCACAACCUUGGAUCUCUCACACAAUCAGCUUGAAAAACUGGAUAACAAAACCAAUGGCUUAUUGGACGAUUGUUUAUCUUUGGAAAGAGUUUACCUUAAUCACAAUAAAAUUGCAGCUGUAACGCCCAAAACCCUGCCUCAUGAUCCAUGGAUUCCAUAUAAAAUAAAAGAGGUCGAUCUUUCGUACAACUUAUUGUCAAUUUUGAACUUUGAUUUGACACUAGGAACGAAAAAAGUAGUUUAUAUGAAUUUGAGCCACAACCAGAUUAGUGAAAUAAGAAGAUAUGUUUUAGGAAAUAUGACAGACUUACAAACUUUAGAUUUAUCGUACAACGAAAUAUCAGAUUUAUCUGAGCCUGAUGUUUUUAUGCCGCCGCAAAAUUUGACAAAUUUAAUUUUUAAUCACAAUCGGUUUCAUAGCCUCCCUUGGAACAAAAUCAUAACCAUGCCAAAUCUAAAAGUUUUGGAUUUAAAAUUCAAUGAUUUCAAUGCUUUCGAUGAAAACAUAAUGACAAUUUUAAAUAAUGGCACAAUAGUUGAAUACGAUGGUAAUCCACUACAUUGCGAUUGUUACGUGCGACCGCUACGAAGAUGGUUCGACACAUUCACUGAGAUUCCUGCAGAAUGGACCAACAUCGAAUGCGCAAGCCCCAGCUACGUGGCGGAUCUGCGUUUAUCGGACAUUUCAGAGGUUUUACUGAGUUGCAGUGAUACAGAAGUCUUGGAGGAUCCACGAUACGAUUUAACUCCUGACGUCAAGUAUCGAGAUCUUGAAUACGAUCACGAUGAAGGGCUUUGGAAAGUGUCAUGGUACGUUACGUCGAGAGGAGACACAGGUGACUUUUACUUGGUCGUCCGAGAACCAGGAGGCAGAAAAAAUAUCAUGGAAAGAGACAUCGUUUACAAGGAGCGUUCGUACAAAAUUAGAAAUUUACCUGAUCCAGAUGCGAAGUACGAACUUUGCGUUCUUGCUCGUGAUUCAGUCGGAAAUAUCAAAAAUUUCCGAAACUCGCAGUGUAGAAUACUCGAUAAAACUUCCUAUAAUUCUAGCUCUACACAAUUACCGAAUAAUGUUACUUUAAUUCUUUCUUUCGUAGUACUUUUAUUAUCAAUGAAAUAUUGAACAAUUUUUAUUUUAAUCAACUCCACGAGAAU